GUACACCGCGGCCAAUCAGCUGUCAACUGCCUACCUGAAGCCAGCUAGCGCGAGCAUUCGGUCGUCUAACAACGUUAGUGCUCGAGUUGCGAAGUGGGAUUUUUAAACGUGAAAAAUCUUGUGCCCUCGCCAUUAGACGCUGCUGCUCCUAAUGGCAAAGUGAAUGGAUGCGGUGAAAUGUGAAAAAGAUCUGGACGCGUCCGAUUAGAAUCGCGUUUGAAGCUAAGAAAGUGGCGCCCGAUGGGUCGGCAAGACAAUCGUACGUGACGCAAUGAAAAUCCCGUGGCCGUUUAAGAAGCAGUGCAGCUUUCGCAAGCUGAGGAACCUACUUUUAACCUCCAUUAUUCUGAUACCAAUCACAGCAGUUGUAAUCACCGAAGCUGAGCCCCCAAAAGUUGGCAAGAAUCUGCCUGAGGAUGUCGGGGACACUUUGGAAAAGCUGUCGUUUUGUAGCGACGACAACCAGCACACCAUCAACAGAAGACUUUUAUAUGUAACCACACUCGAUGGCAAAAUGUCAGCUCUCGAUAUUGCCAACAAGGGAAAAUUACAUUGGACCAUUUCAACUGAUCCGGGAGCACUGAUUUCCUCGAGCAUUCAUCGACUUGAACUUACAAACAACGGCCAAUGGGUUCGCAUGAUUCCAUCACUCAGCGGCAGCUUAUAUAAAUUCGAUGGCGAGACCUUGGAUCCUAUACCUAUCACUGCAGAAAAUCUUCUUAGUUCUUCCUUCAAAUUCUCUGAUGAUUUAGUUGUAUCUGGUGGCAAAGAGACACAAACGUACGGAGUAUCAGUCCGGACGGGUCAAGUUCUCUACAAAUGUUCUAUAAAUGGUUGCAUUAAUGAAACGGAAACAACCUCGCGAUUUGGACCGCCCAGGUCAGGAGAAGACAGCAAUUUGCUGGACGAACAUGAUCCCUUGAUAGAUGAUGUUCUUGUGAUUCGACGACAGACACAAACUGUUCGAGCUGUUGAACCUCGAACGGGGACUGAAAGAUGGAACUUUAGUGUGGGACAUCAUGAAAUGGAGGUUUUGAAAAGCACAGAUUGUCACGAUAGACCGUUUUCGAAUGUGGACUUGGCUGUUCUUGAUAUGGAUAUAAAGGUUAUUGUGCCAAAGGGAAUGAUUUACGCGUUUAGUAAGCAGGAUCCGGAGACGGUGUUGUGGGAGUAUAAGUUUGAUCACCCAAUUGUAAGCGCUUGGCGUAAUGAUGCGAGCGAUAGCAUACAAACAAUAGAUCUCUUUGGUGCAGCCCAGUGGCUAUGGAAUGGCGGGGCGGAAGGGGUGAACAGCGAAACUGCUCUGAUCUCUCCUUCCGUUUACCUAGGGAUGUAUCAAAAGCAGUUAUACAUACAGGAAUCUCGGUCACUUGCUCGCCUAGUAACCGACGAAACAAAGAAAAUCUCUCAGCAUUUAAUUACAAAUGAGUCGAAUUUACCUCAAAUACCGUGGAAACCGUAUCCAGUCUCGAGUUCAGCGUUGGCUGUUAUGAAAACUGAAGAUGACAAAGUUAUCCAUGACGAUGAGAAAAGCACUUAUGCGUUAUCUGUUCUCUAUGCAUCUGAGUAUGUGAACGGGGAUGGAUUUUACUUGUAUACUCAGUCGGACCUGAAUGAAACGCAAAAGGCCCUUUGCGAAGAUGAUAACACGACAAAAAAACCCGAAGAAGAAUUUGACUUUAACUUUGAAGAAGCGGAUACCCCUGUUAAAAUAAUUGUCGUGUCUUUGUGGUAUUGGUGGAAGGAAAUUAUUGUAAUCGCUCUUACCACGGCUUUGAUUGUCAACUUGGCACUCUCGCCAAAGAUUCGACGGGAGCGCGAGUUCGUUGUGAUUGAGAAACACAUUCCAGUACCCACAGCAAACGAAGCAACUGAAGAAUCAUUCACGAGCAGCCGAAGUGCGAAGAGAAGCAUAUCAGAGUCGAGCGGGGACAAUUUCGUUUCUCGCUUCACUACUGAUUUUGAUUUCAUUCAAUGCCUUGGAAAGGGUGGUUUCGGGGUAGUUUUCGAGGCUAAAAAUAAACUAGACGAUUGCAAUUACGCCGUGAAAAGAAUUAUUCUGCCGAAUAAGAAAGAGUCUCGCGAUCGAGUUUUGCGUGAAGUCAAAACUUUGGCUAACUGCGAACAUCAGCAUAUUGUCAGAUAUUUCCAGGCUUGGUUGGAGAGUCCUCCGCCUGGAUGGCAAGAACAGGAAGACAGGAAGUGGUUGCUUAGUAAUGAGCUUCAGUCCACUUCGAUUGAUAUCGAAACACCGGAUGGAACUACAUUGCCACCAUUUCCCAAUGACUCUAACUUUAGCAACAGCGGUAUCCUGGAACAACGCGACAAAAAACUUGCAUCCUGGAUUUCUAAUCUGAACAGCGUGCCGGAGGAUCUUAGCAACUUCAAUGAGGACAUGAUGAAGCGUUCUUCAGUAGCUUUGGAUUGGAAUCGUGAUGAAAGUUCGUCAUUCAUUCAGUUCCGUGAAGACAGCAAGGCGAGUAAUGAAAGUUUCAGCAAAAGCCCAUUGCCAAACGGGGACGAUGCAGAGGAUUCCGACUCAUUUGAAAUUGAAUUUCAGCAUUCGAAGAAAGGGGAGAGUAGCAUAGCAGACGAAACAGGCAACAACAACGAUUCAACAACCGACUCAUAUGCCGUUUCAAACAACAAAGUCGCAAAAAUGAAAAACAUGAAGCGUCAUAUGUCUCUGGACUUGACGAGUCAAGGAGAUGUAAUAGUACCGAUUCCGGAUCGAUGUCCGCAGAAAGUUUACCUUUACAUUCAAAUGCAACUGUGCCGGAAGCAAAGCUUAAAAGAAUGGAUGCGCGAGUGUAAGGCGAUAGAGCGACAUCCUCGCGUGAAAAAUGUUUUCGAACAGAUUGUCGAGGCGGUGGGCUACGUCCAUCUGAAAGGUUUGAUUCACCGCGAUCUCAAGCCCAGUAACAUUUUCUUCUCACUUGAGGGACAAAUAAAGAUUGGCGACUUUGGUCUCGUCACGGAUACAUAUGAAACGCCGAGCCCCAGUAGUGUCGAUAACGCACCACCAUUUUUCGAAACACGUCGAACCCAGCAAGUAGGCACACGUUUGUAUAUGUCGCCGGAGCAGCUGCAGGGACGUCCAUAUGACCACAAAGUGGACAUCUUCUCGCUGGGGUUAAUCUUUUACGAAUUACUUGUUGAUUUCGACACUGAAAUGGAGCGUAUCAUCACACUAGAAAAGUUACGGAAGGGACAGUUUCCGCAUGAUUUCCAGGAAAAGUUCGUAGCUGAAUAUAAUUUGUUGCGUUCCAUGUUAGCGCCUGCACCACGAGACCGGCCUUCGACCGCAGAAAUAAAAACAAUGCUUGCGCCCGUGGGCAACGGGAGCGGCGACGCUUUAGAUGCACAGUCAAGGAGUGAUAUUGUGUUACAGUUACCAUCUAAUUUAGAGAAUGUUGUCCGUUCGACUGUUAAGUUUGGAAUCGCAGAGAACGAUUGAGAGGCUCGUGUGACUUCUAGACAGACUGAGUGCUUGACUGAGAUAUUUUGUGUUUAAAUCGCUGUACUGUGUAUUUCCGUUUAAGGAUUUGUUGCUUUUCGACUCAUUUCAAGUUUUAUACCAUUAGCUUAGAGUAAUUUGCUUACCAGUUUUGUUGAUAUGACUUAAUGAUGUAUUUGGAUGUUCCUUUGAAAUAUAGAGAUCAAUUGAAAACGUAGUCCAAAUGGGAGUCAUCAAAUGGUUAGGUUCUAAGUCCAACUUGAAGCGAUGUCGAAACUGAAUCCGUUAAGCGUAGAUUUGUCUAAUUUAUGCAGGGUUCUUUCUCUGUUAUAGUUUCUUAAAUAUGUUGUAUUUAUAGCGAAUUUGAAAUUCGUUGCGUUUAAUUUAGUCAUGUGUACUCGUUUCUCGAUUUCAGUUCUAUUUUAUCAUCUUUUGUUCCAGUUGAGAUUUUGUCAGCAUUCACUUAGAUAGUUUUAAGACUUGAAACAGAACCAAGACAGUUAUGUUAUAGUUUAAAAGCUGUAAAGUUGCUGCAGAGAUAUUGAGAGUCUUUCGACUUUUUCUGUAUCUUUGAGAUUUUGGAGAAGAAUUGUUGUUGCCAAAUCAUUUCCACCGAUGCGGACAUGUUUGUUUGGAUAUUUGUCGUGUAUUAUUGCAGUAGGGUGAUGCAAACUUAAAGACGUAGCUACGAUCGUCUUGCGAUUAAGUGAUAAAAAUAUGUAAGUUAAGCUUCUAGCAAUAAAAAUAUAUUUUUUUAAUGGAA